CCAUAGAAGAAGAAUUUAUUCACGUCAGGACGCUGUACAGUAGCGACAUAAAUAGGACGUCAUGAUUUUAUUAUGCGAGACUCCGUUUGUACCGGUCCCGGUGAUAAUGCUCUCCUUCCUGCUUUCCAGAGGUUUUUGCCAGGCUGUGAUCGAAGUCAACCAAAGGUCUUAUCCGACUGUCUCCUCGUUUAUUCGGACUUUCACAACCUCCUCUCCAACAUGCCAGGAACAUCAUGUAAAAGAACAUGAAGCAUCAGUGGUCACCCUCUCACAGCUGAAGACCAUGCUGUCUAAUCACAACAUUCAGCUGUUUGAUGUGAGAACCCCAGAUGAAUACCAGGCCGGUCGCAUUCCACAGGCUGUCAACAUCCCCCUCGACACCCUGGACGAGUCCCUGAAGCUGUCACCUGAGCAUUUCCUGCAGACGUUUGAAGUCAAAGCUCCAGGAAAAGAUGACGACAACAUCGUGUUUCACUGCAGAUCAGGUGUCAGGAGUUCCAAAGCACUGGCCGUUGCUCAUCAGCUGGGAUUUCACAAGGCAAGACACUACAGAGGAGGAUAUUUAGAGUGGUCUGAGCAGCAAGGAAAAUGAGCUGAAAUCUGCUCCAUGUUUGCAAAUACUUAAAACAAAACUCUACAAUUUUACUGGAAAUGUUUUGGCAGCUUGUUGAUGAAAAUGUGACAUUUUAUCUGAAAGUGCUUUAUGAUUAUUUUUAAACUAAUGUAAAUGUUUUAAUAAACUCAUGGAUUUAUAUCA